AUGGCUACCACUAAUACAUCUUUCUCCGCUCAAGAUAAUACACCUUUGUAUCUUUACCUUCACCCCAAUGAGAAUCCUGCCAUAUCCCUUGUCUCACCCGUUCUAAAUACCACAAAUUGUCAUUCAUGGAGCAGAUCCUUCAUCACGGCUCUUUCUGCAAAAAACAAGCUAGAGUUCAUUCUUGGAACAACUAUUCAACCCCUCAAGACUGAUGCUUCCUUUCCUGCUUGGUUCCGUUGCAAUAGUAUGGUUGUUUCAUGGCUUCUACAUUUUGUCUCUCCUUCAAUUCGCGAAAGCAUUAUAUGGAUGGAUCAUGCUAUCGACAUUUGGACUGAUCUGAAAAACCGCUUUGCCCAAGGCGAUCUUGCAAGAAUUUCCAUGCUACAAAUGGAAGCCAUCACUUUAUCCCAAGGUGAGCUCUCCGUCACCGAAUUUUUCACAAAGCUCUGGGUUAUUUGGGAUUAUCUUGACUGCUUCCAUCCAGACCCCGUUUGUACCUGCAAGCCAAAAUGCUCUUGUACCGUCUCUGCUAUUCUUUCUCAACAUAAACAUGAAGACUGUGCCAUGCAACUUCUACGAGGUUUGAAUGAUCACUAUAACAAUAUAGAAUCUCAUAUUCUUCUUCUUGAUCUUAUUCCUCCCAUUUCCAAAAUUUUUUCUCUUGUUAUUCAACAAGAACAUCAAUUAAUGACUGACCAUAUCACUGCUUCUGUCAAAACUACCUCCUUUUCUAAUACCUCUCCAACAACUGCUCCCGCCUCUGUUACUUGCACUUAUUGCAAUAGAGUCGGCCACCAAGAAAAUACCUGUUUAAAAAAACAUGGUUUCCCCAACCUAGAACACCAGAAUGUCAAAACCACUAAUGACAAUUCUCGCAACAUCUGGACUUAUUGCCACAAAAACGGCCAUACCAUAGAUGUUUGUUUCAAGAAACACGGUUAUCCACCAGGCCACAAGUUUUCCAACAAACCCGGUCAAAUUCACAAUGCCAUUUCGUCAACUGACACUAAUAAUCAAUUGAAAAGCUUGGAUCAAGAAUGCUCUUCUCUUGAAACCAUUCAACUUACUCCUCAACAAUAUCAAGUUCUUGCUGCGCUGUUUAAACAACCUACGUCCAACACUUCCAAUGUGCACAUCAACCAAGUUGGAACAGUUUCUACCAACACUUCUCCAAGUAAUAUUGUUUCGAUUUUUCAAAUGCACUAUAGUAAUAUCUGGCUUCUUGACUCCAGUGCCACUGAUCACGACAUACACAAUCAAGAGAAGAUUGGUUUGAUUAGACACCACAAUGGCUUAUAUCUCUUUGACCCCUCUACUUGUAAAAUUGACACUAAAGCUAGUCUUGAAGAGAGAUCGCAGCCCAGGCCCAAAACCCUCUUUGCCCUAAAAUCUGGAACACUAGGGGUUCCCAAAAUUUCCUCUCAUUUCGCCAAGUGCUGCUUCAGAGACUUAGAGUCUCUUCCUCUGUACGAAGAAGCCAGCGACAUGCCUCUCCACUGCUCACAGCCACCACUCACCUUCCGACAACCGCAAAACGAGAUCCAACGGCGUGACCGACAGCGCUCCUCAUCGCCUGAGCCACCAAUCGAGGCCGUCGUCCUCCGUCGAUUUGGCCGCCACUAG